AUGCCGGCCAUGGUGGAGAAGGGCCCCGAGGUCUCAGGAAAGCGGAGAGGAAGGAACAACGCGGCCGCCUCGGCAGCCGCCGGCUCGGCAGCCGCCGGUUCUGCCGCCUCCGCCCCGGCCGCCGUUGCCUCCGCCCCGGCCGUCGCCGCCUCCGCCUCGGCCGCCGCCCCCAAUAAUGGCCAGAAUAAAAGUUUGGCGGCGGCGGCGCCCAAUGGCAACAGCAGCAGCAACUCCUGGGAGGAAGGCAGCUCGGGCUCGUCCAGCGACGAGGAGCACGGUGGCGGCGGCAUGAGGGUCGGACCCCAGUACCAGGCGGUGGUGCCCGACUUCGACCCCGGCAAAUUGGCAAGACGCAGUCAAGAACGUGACAAUCUUGGCAUGUUGGUCUGGUCACCUAAUCAGAAUCUGUCAGAAGCAAAACUGGACGAAUACAUUGCCAUUGCCAAAGAGAAGCAUGGGUACAACAUGGAACAGGCUCUUGGGAUGCUCUUCUGGCAUAAGCAUAAUAUUGAAAAAUCGUUGGCUGAUUUGCCCAACUUUACCCCCUUCCCAGAUGAGUGGACUGUGGAGGAUAAAGUCUUGUUUGAACAAGCCUUUAGUUUUCAUGGGAAAACUUUUCAUAGAAUCCAACAAAUGCUUCCUGAUAAAUCUAUAGCAAGUCUAGUGAAAUUUUACUACUCUUGGAAGAAGACAAGGACUAAAACUAGUGUAAUGGAUCGCCAUGCUCGGAAACAAAAACGUGAGCGGGAGGAGAGUGAGGAUGAACUGGAAGAAACAAAUGGAAAUAACCCCAUUGACAUUGAGGUUGAUCAAAACAAGGAAAGCAAAAAGGAGGUGCCCCCUACUGAGACAGUUCCUCAGGUCAAAAAAGAAAAACAUAGCACACAAGCUAAAAAUAGAGCAAAAAGGAAACCCCCAAAAGGAAUGUUUCUUUCUCAAGAAGAUGUGGAGGCUGUUUCUGCCAAUGCCACUGCUGCUACCACGGUGCUGAGACAACUAGACAUGGAGUUGGUUUCAAUCAAACGACAGAUUCAGAAUAUCAAACAGACGAACAGUGCUCUCAAAGAAAAACUUGAUGGCGGAAUAGAGCCGUAUCGACUUCCCGAGGUCAUUCAGAAAUGUAACGCACGUUGGACCACAGAAGAGCAGCUCCUCGCCGUGCAAGCCAUCAGGAAAUACGGCCGAGAUUUUCAGGCAAUCUCAGAUGUGAUUGGGAACAAAUCAGUAGUACAAGUGAAAAACUUUUUUGUAAAUUAUCGACGCCGCUUCAACAUAGAUGAAGUUUUACAAGAGUGGGAGGCAGAGCACGGUAAAGAGGAGACCAACGGGCCCGGUCACCAGAAACCUGUGAAGUCCCCAGACAAUUCCGUGAAGAUGCCUGAAGAGGAAGACGAGGCUGCUUCUGUUCUUGAUGUCAGAUACGCAUCUGCCUCAUGAGAAACUUUGGUAGCUUUGAACACUUGGUAUGGACUACUGUGUUAUCCAGGAUAUCAGGUAUUCCGAGACAUCACCUAGCCAUCUGCAUCACAUCUCUGUGGACAAGCAGCUAUUACCAAAAAAGGCAUACACUUCGGUCCUGUGCUACACCUGCCUUAAUUCUUUGCUCGUCCCUCCAUUUUGGCACCACUUCCCGGAGAGCUCCGUUGCACUUCUCACUUUCUCUCUGCCUAAGUGCUCGGGAACCUCCCGGCCUGCACAUCGCCUGUGACUCCAGGAGCCGCCUCCUGUCGGAGCCCUCAGGGCCCAGCGAUGCCAGCUCCUCCCAGUCGACAGCUUCGGAACAGGGAGUCUGCUCAGAAGGCACCACUCUGCUCCUGCAUGGCCUGCGAUUUCUACUUUGUGCGUAAUUCUCAGAGUAACUGCGACCCUGUUGGCCCUCUAGAAGGUUUCUCUUGUUCUUUUCUGAGACAACCACCUAAGUGAGAUCAUGCUUCUUUGGAAGCCACACCAUAUUGGCAGACUGUAUGGUAACCCCUAUCGUGCCAGGCAUCUUGCUGCAAGUCACAUGUUCCUAAACGUAGGGUCUAAUUAUGGUUUAGAAAUUUAGUGGGCUUAUUUUAAACCUCUCCCUUCUCCCUUCCCAAGUAUUAUAGUAAAAAUCUCAUUCACAGCAACUGUCCUUGGACACUGUAGCUUAAAGGGAAUGUGGACCUCAACGCUUUUCUGCCUUCAACUUUCAACAUUGUGAUCCUGGGGUGGAUGCCACCCCUUCUUUUCCUGACCCCACCCAACAGGCCCCUCCCCUCCACCACCACCACCCAACUCCAAGAGAUUCAGUCCAUAUCACUGUACCUGGUGCUUGUACAUUUGGAAUUGGUGCCUUCUCCUUUUGGCAACCAUGUUAUCAACCCUUUUUCUGUUUUGGUGUCUUACUUCUUUAAAGCUUAUUGCUAGCCAAAGAUGACAUCACUGAGAUUAGGAGACGGGAGAGCUUGCUGCAGAUUCUGACAGUGCAGAUUUUAAAUGUCAGGUUAGCUCAGUAACGGAUAUUAGUAUAGCUGGUGAUGAUUUUGUAAAAGCGGCACAUUGUUCCCCGUUCUCUUGCUAUGUCUGGCCUUUGAGAUGGCACGCCGCCGCAUGUGCGUUUGUGUCCUUCACGUACUGAUGUGACCACACAAACACCUUCCCCUCUCUUAAUAUCAGAGUACAGGACAGAGAAGUGAUCAACGCAUUGUUCUAGUGAGACCAAGAUAAAAAGAAACAGUCUACAAAGCAGUAUGUAAUGCCUUUUGGUUGGACUGGGAACAAGUAAAUUUUUCUAAGAAAUCUUUUGAGACUUCCAGAAUCACUUUUGUUCUACCAGACCGUGGGCCUUCGGGGGGCUGAGGAGCACCUGUCAGACUGCAUUCUAGCGCACCCUGCUCCCCACGGCCAGCUCACACUGCACUACAUACAUUCAAGUAGCUAUUGUUGUUGUUGCUGUUUGCAUCAUUUAAAUAUUUUUUUCUGCUUUCAA